AUGACAUCUCCAAAGUUUCUCUUCUAUCUGACACGUUUGUUCUUCAGAAAAGUUGCUCAGACGACUGAUCCAAAAUUCUCCUCAUCUCUUCAUCAAGUGAAUGCUUUUGUAGCAACUAAAACUGGGCAUAACUUUACUUUGCAAUGUUUCUAUGAAGGCAAUGCUGCUGAAAGGUUUUACUGGUAUAAGCAAACUCUGGGACAGGAACCACGGCUCAUCUCUACUUUCUACAAGUAUAAAACAAAUGAAAUAUUUCAUGAUGAAUUCAAGAACAAUCCACGCUUUAAACUGGAUACUAAAACAGGUAAAAAUCACUUGAAGAUAACAGAUCUGCAAAUUUCUGACUCUGCUACUUACUACUGCGCAAGAAGCUCUUCAUACAAGUUAGAAUUUUGCAAGGGCGCUACAGUCAAUGUAAAGGGUUCAGGUUUGAAGAUCCCAGCUACGGUCCAUCAGUCAGCAUCUGAGAGCAUCCAGCCAGGAGGCUCUGUGACUCUCAACUGUACAUUACACACUGGGACCUGUAAUGGAGAACACAGUGUUUACUGGUUCAAGAACUUGGAAGAGUCUCAGCCAGGACUCAUUUACACCCAUGGAGGCAGGAAUGAUCAGUGUGAGAGGAAACCAGACACACACACACCCUUCAACUUCGUCCAAGUCCCAGAGGGCAUCACAAAGCUGGUCAAAGGCUAUUUCCAGGACCUCCAGUUUUGUGUUACAACUCAGGCUAGUACAACCGCCUGGCAGCACUUGGAGAUAGGGAUAAUGGCGGGCUGCACCAUCUCCCCACUGGUCUUCACCAUGGCAAUGGAGUUAAUAAUUCAAGCAUCUCGAUGGGUGGUCGGAGGGGAACGCCUGAAGAGCGGGCUGCGGCUUCCUCCAAUCAGGGUGUAUAUGGAUGACAUGACUACCAUAACAACGACUAACGCAUGCACCAAACGCCUGCUGUACAAACUCCAGGGAAACAUCAGAUGGGCCCGAAUGGAGAUUAAACCCAGCAAAUCCUGCAGCAUCUCCAUUGUCAAGGGCCAGAGUGCAAAUGAGAGGUUCCACAUCAAUGACAAGCCGAUACCAACGACCCUGGAGAAGCCCAUAAAAAGCCUUGAUCGGUUGUACAACCCAGAUCUCAAAGACUCUGAACAGGUGGAACAACUCAAGCAGGAUACCAUCAGUGGCCUGAAGCAGAUCAACAGCACUGUUCUCCCAAGGAAGCUGAAGCUCUGA